GAGCGGAAAAAGAAAUUUGAAAAGGAUGGUGAGAGGUUUUAUUCUUUGUUGGAUCGACACUUACAUCUGUCUUCCAAAAAGAAAGAAUCUCAAUUACAAGAGGCAGACCUGCAGGUGGACAAGGAGAGGCACAUUUUUUUUGAGUCCUCCCUUGAUUAUGUUUAUCAAAUCCAGGAAGUUCAGGAGUCCAAGAAGUUCAAUAUUGUGGAGCCGGUCUUGGCCUUUCUCCAUAGCCUCUUCAUUUCCAACAACUUGACUGUGGAGCUCACACAGGAUUUCCUCCCUUACAAACAAAAGCUCCAGCUAAGUUUGCAGAAUACAAGAAAUCAUUUCUCCAGUACUCGAGAAGAGAUGGAAGAACUUAAGAAAAGGAUGAAAGAUGCUCCCCAGACCUGCAAACUUCCAGGACAGCCAACAAUUGAAGGCUAUCUCUAUACCCAAGAGAAAUGGGCUUUGGGAAUAUCCUGGGUGAAAUACUACUGCCAGUAUGAGAAAGAGACCAAAACACUCACCAUGACGCCAAUGGAGCAGAAGCCAGGUGCUAAGCAGGGGCCCUUGGACUUAACCCUGAAGUACUGCGUGAGAAGGAAGACAGAGUCUAUUGACAAGAGGUUCUGUUUUGAUAUAGAAACUAAUGAAAGGCCAGGAACCAUCACUCUACAGGCCCUUUCAGAAGCUAAUAGAAGGCUAUGGAUGGAGGCCAUGGAUGGGAAAGAGCCAAUCUACCACAGCCCCAUAACAAAACAGGAAGAAAUGGAGCUGAAUGAAGUGGGCUUCAAGUUUGUUAGAAAGUGCAUCAAUGUCAUUGAGACAAAAGGUAAG